UUUCGGGAGUUCCUGGAACAUGUCUGGGCGCGGCAAAGGAGGCAAGGGGUUGGGCAAGGGAGGCGCCAAGCGUCAUCGGAAAGUCUUACGAGACAAUAUCCAAGGCAUUACUAAGCCUGCUAUUCGGCGUCUUGCUCGACGAGGCGGUGUUAAGCGUAUUUCUGGCCUCAUCUACGAGGAGACCCGUGGAGUGCUGAAGGUUUUCCUGGAGAAUGUCAUCCGUGAUGCUGUCACUUACACCGAACACGCCAAGCGCAAAACUGUAACAGCUAUGGAUGUAGUUUACGCCCUUAAGAGACAGGGCCGUACCCUGUAUGGAUUUGGCGGAACUCAGGAACUUUGCUCCCAGAAUAUGACUGCUUGGUAUAAAGAAUAUUUUGAAUUACAGACCCUUAGAGAUCGACAAGCCUUGGAAGGGGCUUUCUAUCUACCUGCAGCUGGUCUUCAGUUUCCAGUGGGCCGUGUGCACCGCCUGUUGCGCAAGGGCAAUUAUUCCGAACGCGUUGGGGCUGGCGCGCCAGUGUACCUGGCAGCUGUCCUGGAAUAUUUGACCGCCGAAAUACUGGAGCUGGCAGGAAAUGCAGCUCGUGACAACAAGAAGACUCGCAUCAUCCCGCGCCACCUGCAGCUAGCCAUCCGCAAUGACGAAGAGCUUAAUAAGCUUCUGGGUCGUGUUACCAUUGCUCAGGGCGGUGUCCUCCCCAAUAUCCAGGCUGUAUUGCUGCCAAAGAAAACAGAAAGCCACCACAAGGCGAAGGCCAUGGCGCGUACCAAACAAACUGCUCGUAAAUCUACAGGCGGAAAAGCGCCGCGAAAACAGCUUGCCACCAAGGCUGCCCGCAAGAGCGCACCGGCUACCGGGGGCGUGAAGAAGCCUCACCGCUACCGGCCAGGCACCGUGGCUUUGCGCGAGAUUCGCCGCUACCAAAAAUCAACGGAGCUGCUUAUUCGUAAGCUACCUUUCCAGCGCCUGGUGCGUGAGAUCGCGCAGGACUUCAAAACCGAUCUCCGUUUCCAGAGCUCUGCUGUGAUGGCGUUGCAGGAGGCAUGCGAGGCCUACCUGGUGGGACUUUUUGAGGACACAAACCUGUGCGCUAUCCAUGCUAAGCGUGUCACUAUAAUGCCCAAGGAUAUCCAGCUUGCACGCCGCAUUCGUGGGGAGAGGGCCAACCGCUUCACCUCUACUCCCCCUUCUCCUUCCUUCAAAAAGGCGUCUAUAAAAGCAACUAUUCGGUACGCGCAGACCCGCGCGUCAGUGUACCCGGCGGCGGCGCUGUUGUACCAGACCCGAGACCCGGAGUUGGCGGCCACUUUCUUGGUCCCAGCAGCUGCUGCCGGUUUCUUGGCUUUCUUCGGGGUCUUCUUGGCGCUCUUUUUUGGGGCGGCGGAGGUAGUCGCCCUUUUAGGCUUCUUAGCUGCACCGGUGGGCUUUUUGGGCUUGGCCGCGCCUGCCUUCUUCGCCUUGGGUUUCGCUUCCCCUGAAGCCGCCUUAUUCAGCUUGAAAGACCCGGAAGCGCCCGUGCCUUUGGUCUGCACCAGACCCGCAGCUGCAAGAGCCUUCUUGAGAGCGACCAGAGAAACACCGCUGCGCUCCUUGGAAGCAGCCACAGCCUUAGUAAUUAGCUCAGAUACCGGAGGCCCCGCCGCCUUACGCCUCGCACCACUUGCGCCUGCUUUCUUCACCUUUUUCUUCACAGGUGUCUUCUCCGCAGGCUGCGACUUCUUUUUAGUGCUCAGCAUGUCAGGCCGAGGGAAAGGUGGGAAGGGCCUGGGUAAGGGGGGUGCUAAGCGCCACCGUAAGGUCUUGCGGGACAAUAUCCAAGGUAUUACCAAGCCUGCCAUUCGUCGCCUUGCUCGUCGUGGGGGUGUGAAGCGCAUUUCCGGCCUUAUCUACGAAGAGACUCGGGGCGUGUUGAAAGUGUUUCUAGAAAACGUGAUUCGGGAUGCUGUCACCUACACGGAGCACGCCAAACGCAAGACGGUCACAGCCAUGGACGUUGUCUACGCGCUCAAGCGUCAAGGUCGCACCCUGUACGGCUUCGGAGGCUGAUAUUCCCACUUUCGGUUUCUCAUUUUUUAAAUAAAGAAUUCACAAAAGGUCCUUUUUAGGGCCACUUA